CGAGCGGAGCCUCAGUACCAGACCGAGAGCAGCACGGAUCAGUGCCGGAGAGAGACGGAGGGACAAUUUUGUCGCUACAUGCCGCCGCUACCGCACGGAACAUUAUAACGCAGCGGAAAACGGCCAACUCUAUCGGUUUCUUCAUAAAGUACGGAAUUUAAACGAUGUACUGUUCGGGAGGCGUGAUGCUGGGGCUUCUCGCCGCUCUGCAGGUGGCAGUCCAGGGCACGGGGGCGAUGCCGUGUCAGCCGGGUUUCACUGAGAACGAGUACAACGUCAUGACCGCCGACGUCAUCACCGAGGGACAAGUUCUGCUCAAAGUGGAUUUCGUGGACUGUGGCAGAGGUUCUGGCUUGCGUUUCGAGAGCGGAGACCCUGCGGAUUUCCGGAUAGAGGCCGACGGGACUGUUUUCGCAGCACGAACCCUGCAGCUAUCUGACAGGAAGGGGCAGAGCUUGGAGAUUAAGGCCAAGGACGUGAAGUCCCAAGAGGAAUGGCUGGUGCACAUCAACUUCACCCAACCCAAGCAGGUGCCAGAGAUACUGUUUCCGUGGCACAGUGUGGUUGUCAAGGGCGACGGCAGUGUGAAUCGCGUGAAAAGAGACUGGGUCAUUCCUCCUGUCAACGUGCUUGAGAACUCCAGAAAACAAUUCCCUGAAGAGCUUGUGAAAAUCCAGUCAGAUAGGGACAAGAGUAACACACUGCGCUAUAGCGUGACCGGACCAGGAGCCGACCAGAACCCCACCGGCCUGUUUAUCAUCGACCCCAUUACAGGAAUCCUGUCCGUCACCAAACCGCUGGACAGAGAACACAUCCCAAAUUUCCAUCUACGUGCUCAUGCUGUAGACAUCAAUGGGAACCAGAUGGAGAACCCCAUCGACAUCAUCAUCAAUGUCAUCGAUAUGAACGACAACCGGCCCGAGUUCACUCACCAGAUCUGGAACGGAACCGUGGAUGAGGGCGCCAAACCAGGUACAUUUGUAAUGACAGUGACCUCCCAGGAUAAGGAUGACCCAAAUACAGCCAAUGGGAUGCUCAGAUACAAGAUCCUCUCCCAGACCCCAGAGAGCCCCUCCUCCAACAUGUUCACUAUCAACAACAAGACUGGCAAAAUCAUCACUGUAGCUGCAGGUCUAGAUCGUGAGAAGGUGCCUCAGUACACCCUGAUCAUUCAGGCUACUGACAUGGAGGGAAACCCCACCUAUGGUCUGUCCAACACCGCCACUGCUGUCAUACGCCUGCUGGAUGUCAAUGACAACGCUCCAGAGUUCACCCGAGAGACUUUCCACGGUGAGGUCCCAGAGAACCGUGUGAAUGUGAUAGUGACGAAUCUCACCGUGACUGACAAAGAUGAACCGGGGACUCCUGCCUGGAAUGCAGUGUACCGGAUCAUAUCAGGGGAUCCAACCGGACGCUUCUCCAUCCCUACUGAUCCCGUUACCAACGAAGGCCUCGUCACCGUCGUCAAGCCAAUUGAUUUUGAGAUGAAUCGAUCAUUCAUGCUGACGGUUGUCGCUGAAAAUGAGGUGCCGCUGGCGAGUGGGAUCCAUCGCACCCGCCAGUCUACAUCCACCGUGUCCAUACGUGUCAUCGACGUGAACGAAAGCCCAAAUUUUGACCCCAACCCCAAACAGGUCAAACUGGAGGAGGGACUUCCACAGUGGUCGAUGCUGGCGACUUUUACAGCUCAUGAUCCAGACAGAUACAUGCAGCAGACUAUUAGGUACUCUAAAUUGUUUGACCCCGCCAACUGGCUAGAGAUCGACCCCAACAACGGACGAAUUUCCACCAUUGCUGUCCUGGACCGAGAAUCUCCAUAUGUCAAAAACAACCUCUACAACGCCACAUUCAUGGCCGCUGAUAACGGUGUUCCCCCUGCGAGUGGGACGGGUACUCUGCAGAUCUACCUGCUGGACAUAAACGAUAACGCACCUCAAGUAUUCCCUCAAGAAACAGAAGUGUGCGAGCGCCCCGAACCCAAUGCCAUCAAUAUCACAGCCGUAGACGGAGAUCUCAACCCCAACGCUGGGCCCUACGCUUUCGAACUGCCCAACCGACCCUCUGACCUCCGCAGGAACUGGACACUGACUCGAAUCAGUGGCGAUCAUGCUCAGUUAAGUCUGAAGAUUAGUUACCUGGAAAGCGGGAUAUAUGAGCUGCCCAUCAGCAUCACGGACUCGGGUAACCUGCCCAUGUCCAACACCACCUACCUGCGCAUCAAAGUGUGCCAGUGCGAUCAUCACGGUGACUGCGUGGACAUGGAACGCAUCAUGGCAGCUGGGCUGGGCACCGGAGCCAUCAUCGCCAUACUUAUCUGCAUCAUCAUUCUGCUGGUGCUGGUGUUGAUGUUUGUGAUGUGGAUGAAGAGACGGGAUAAAGAGAGACAGGCCAAGCAGCUGCUGAUCGAUCCAGAGGACGAUGUGCGAGACAACAUACUCAAAUACGACGAGGAGGGCGGCGGAGAGGAAGACCAGGACUAUGAUCUGAGCCAGCUGCAGCAGCCCGAUACUCUGGAGCCAGACACGGGAUAAAGAGAGACAGGCCAAGCAGCUGCUGAUCGAUCCAGAGGACGAUGUGCGAGACAACAUACUCAAAUACGACGAGGAGGGCGGCGGAGAGGAAGACCAGGUACA